GCUACCCCUCCAUUUACCCCUCCAUCUAUCUCAAAUCACUUCAAUUCUACACACACCACACCUGAUUCACAAUGUCUCCCUCGGUCACUCGCAGAACAUACAGCAUUGCUUCUAUCCCCGCGGAUGGAAUUGGUCCCGAGGUCAUCGAGGCCGGUAUCACCGCCUUGAAUGCUUUGACCGAUACCCUCCAGACUUUCAAGCUUGACUUUAAGCACUAUGACUGGAGCUCUGAGACAUACAAGAAGACCGGUAAAUACAUACCCGACGGAGGUCUUGACGAAUUGAAGAAGCACGACGCUAUCUUUUUCGGCGCUGUUGGUGCCCCUGAUGUCCCUGAUCACAUCUCCCUCUGGGGUCUCCGUCUGGCUAUCUGCCAGCCCUUCCAACAAUAUGCCAAUGUCCGCCCCACUCGAGUAUUCCGGGGUACCCAGUCUCCCCUCCGCAACUGCAACAUUGGGGAUCUUGACUGGGUCAUUAUUCGCGAGAACAGCGAAGGCGAGUAUGCGGGCCAGGGUGGUCGUUCUCACACAGGCAAGCCUUGGGAGUCGGCAACCGAGGUUUCCGUCUUCACCCGUCACGCUGUGGAGCGUAUCAUGCGUUUCGCUUUCGAGACCGCCCAGAAGCGGCCUCGCAAGCUCUUGACUGUUGUUACUAAGAGCAAUGCUCAGCGUAACGGAAUGGUUCUGUGGGAUGAGGUUGCUAAGAUUACGGCUAAGGAUUUCCCCGAUGUCACUGUUGAUAAGAUGCUGGUCGACGCUAUGACCACCCGCAUGGUUCUGAACCCCAAGAGUCUCGAUACUAUCGUGGCAACGAACCUACACGCCGAUAUCUUGUCUGACCUGGCUGCUGCUCUGGCUGGAUCUAUCGGCAUUGCCCCUACUUCCAAUCUCGAUCCUACCCGCGAGUACCCUAGCAUGUUUGAGCCUAUCCAUGGCUCUGCUUUCGAUAUCACUGGCAUGGGUAUCUCGAACCCUGUUGCUACCUUCUGGACCGCGGCUGAAAUGCUUGCUUGGCUGGGCGAGCAGGAGGCUUCCGAGAAGCUUCUGACCUGUGUUGAAAAUGUUUGCGAGCAGGGCAUUCUCACUCGUGACUUGGGUGGCAAGGCUAACACCAAGGAGGUUACCGAUGCUGUUGUUGCCGAGAUUAAGAAGCUGGGUUCUAAGUAGAAUUUUAGGAUGACUGUACUCCUGGC